AUGGCCACGCCUGAAGCUGAGGCGUUUUAUGACGCAGUUUAUACCUGUGUCCGAUUGAUCCCAUACGGUCGAGUCACUACAUACGGCCACAUAGCAAAACUCAUCGACGCCCCCCGCAACUCCCGUCAAGUGGGCCAAGCCCUCAAAUACCUCCCCGCAGACCAAGCCGACGUCCCCUGGCACCGCGUCAUCUCCUCCUCCGGGAAGAUCUCGCCACGGGAGCGGAUGGAGGGCGCACGUGAGCAAGCUGCGAUAUUGAGGGAGGAAGGGGUGGAGGUCGUUGAUGUGGGGAUGGAUGAGAGGUUUGAGGGGGGUGGAGGGGGGAAGGUUAGUUUGGGGGUGUAUGGGUGGUUUCCGGAGGUGGUCGAUUUGGAUUGA